UCUUCUUCUUCUUCUGCAAUUCUGUUUCUUGGGUAGUGCAGGUUUCUGGGUUUCGAUUUCAGCAGCCAGGUAUAGUCAUUUCUCCCUGUCAUUUAAUGCUGCAGCAGAACAACUCCUGUAGCUCCACUGCGGCAUCCAGCAAUCCAUACAAGGUGCUCUUACAGUAUCAGGGGAGCCUAGCAGAACCUACGUGCAAUGACAAGUUGUCAAGUUCAAGAAGCUUCUAGUGAGAGUAUAAUGAUGGACAGAUUCAGUGAUCUCCCCGAUGAAAUUUCUCAUCAUAUUAUUUCGUUCCUCUCUGACUCUUUAAGGAACCUCAUUCAAGUGGGAGCUGUGUCCAAAAGAUGUAGGAAACUUUAUCUGUCAGUUCCAUCAAUAAUUAUUGAUGCAAGUAGCGUUGCAGAUUGCACCAAGUUGCGAGUAAGAUUGUUGAACUCUUGGGAUAGGUACUUCUUUCACCGUGGUAAUAAUAAGAUUGAGCGCCUUAGUAUUUACUGGGUUUUCAGAACCUCUUGGGAGGCAAAGAUAAGUGAUGAGUAUUUCCGAGUCACCACAUGGAUCCAAAAUGCAGUGAGGUGUAAUGUUGAAGUACUUCACCUUGAUCUGAAUCAAUACGACCUCAGGAUGACAGUUGUGUUGCCAUCUUGCAUCUUCCUUUGUCAUUCGUUGAGGACUCUAUCUGUGAAUUUGUAUAUGGGCAAGAUUCAGUCACCCAACUUGUCUUUUUCCUGUAAUCUCCACUACUUGAAGUUGAAGUAUGUAGUUCUUAAAGAUGACGGUAUUUUCAAAUGGAUCUCAUAUUCCUGCAAAUGCAUUAAGGAAUUACAUCUUGAAAAAGUUAUUGGGAUAAAAGAUAUCAAGAUUGAGAGCUCGUCUUUGGAAUCGUUUAGUCUUUUGCUUCCUUUUCAGAAUUAUGAGCUCUGCGAUCUUAGCAUUUCAGCUGAAAAACUUGAAGAUAUAUGUAGACACUGGCAAUUUGAUUCAAGAUGUGAUUCAAAGUUUCAUCAUUUACCUCGCAUCAGAUCGAUUAAUCUCUUUGCUCCAAAGCUUAAAAAUUUCAAAUGGAGUGGGAAUUUUCUGAACCAUCAUCAUCUUGGGAACUUGAUGUGUUUAGAAGAAGCUGACAUAUUUCUGAUGCCCGAUUUAGAUGAUUCUAGCAACCUAUUUGAGGUUCUUUGCAGCAUAUGUAUGGUUAAAGUUCUAACCCUAAAUGAAGAAACUACAAAGGCUUUAUGCAGGGGAGGUUCCUUGCCGGUACCAUUAGAUAGUAUUCGUUACUUGAGUUUGCAUGUUACAAGUCUGAAUGCUGACUUGGUCGCGGCAAUGGUGUCUAUUUUUAGAGGAAUUACUUCUUUGAAUACUUUGUGCAAAAUGUCUGACCUAUCCAAGUCAUCUGUAUCUGGAACUGAAGAUGACAGUGAUAUUGAGGAAGUGGUUGAGGAUAAUGAUACGGAGGAAGAGAAUAAUGAAAACGAGGAAGAGGACAAUGACAAUUAUACCGAGGAAGAAGAUAAUGAAACUAAGGAGGAAAAUGCAACUGAGAAAGAGAAUAAUGAAUCCAGGUUCAAUGUGGAAUACUGGAAAUCCCAAAACCUAACCUUUAUUUAUCAGCUCAAGGAAAUGAGAAUAGACCUUCUAGAUGGUAAUAAUGAAUUGGAAUUCGCAAGGUAUAUUCUGGAGAAUGCUCCGAGUUUGGAGAAAAUGGUCAUAAUUCAAUCACCUCAGCAUUCGGAUGUUGUGGAGAUGGUAACCAAAAGCAAGAUGAUUUCCAAUGCGACAGUUGUUUUACAAGAAAGGCAGAGCAGUUGGCCAUGAAGAAAGAGGGAAAGCGUCCAAGUUAAAUAUCUUUCAGAAGGAUAUUUUAUGAUGUAAUAUGUUUUUUUUUGGUCAAUAGAGGCUGGCUGUUGAGGAUUAUGCGACUGUUGCAAUGGCUGAGCCUUCUGUCUGUGUAUUGUCUAUGUUGUACUGUCUAAAUGCAUUUUGAACUUCAGUCUUAAUCCCA